AUGGCAGAAGGUUAUAACGAAUACUUGCUUGAGAAGAUAUAUGAGCUGUUUCCAAAGAAGGAGGCAGAGGUAUUUAUUGAGGAGAGUGAGAAGCCAAGGCCCACGACGAUACGGGUAAAUACACUUUUGAAGCAGAGGAAGGAUGUGAUGAGAAUGCUGGCAUCGAGGGGAGCCGAUGUAGAUGAACUGCCAUGGAAUGAUAGUGGAUGCGUGAUUUUUAGAUCGACGGUGCCAAUUGGAGCCACACCUGAGUAUCUUGCAGGAUAUUAUUGUCUGCAAGGAGCUGCAUCUAUGCUUCCAGUGCUGAAUAUGGAGCUAAAAGAGGGGCUUUGUGUUGUUGAUAUGUGUGCAGCACCGGGAGGUAAGUCUGGACAUAUUGCAGCGUUAAUGAACAAUACGGGUGUUUUAUAUGCGAAUGAUGUUAAUGAGGACAGGAUUGCGGGUCUUAAAGGUAAUUUGCAGAGGAUGGGAGUGAGUAAUUGUGUGGUGAUGAACAUGGAUGGAAGAAAGAUGAAUGUUGGAAAGGUUGACCGAGUGUUGCUUGAUGCGCCGUGCUCUGGGACUGGUGUGAUAUCUAAAGAUGCAUCGGUUAAGAGCAAUAAGUCUAGAAGUGAGAUAGAUAAAAUAGUUGUGCUGCAGAAGGAGCUUAUUCAGCAUGCAUUUGAGAUGCUAAGACCUGGGGGGAUUCUUGUGUAUUCUACAUGUUCUGUCCUUGUGAAGGAGAAUGAAGAAGUGGUGAAUUAUCUGGUAUGCAAGAAUUCAGGAGCUAAGGUUGUUGAAUGUGAAGUGGAUGUGGGGAAGGACGGUCUUGUGGGAUUCCGUGGCCGAACGUUCCACUCGUCAUUGAAGCAUGCAAGGCGGGUGUAUCCGCAUGUGCAUAAUAUGGAUGGGUUUUUUUAUGCAAAGGUGCUGAAGACGUUUGAUUAA